GAGCUUUGGCUGUUUUUUCACCCGUAGCCAUCGGCAUUACCUUUAGAAUAUUGGGACACUACACCGAUCAGCCUUUGCUGGGAGCCAAGGCCGCUGCUGGAAUGCUCAUCUUUGCGACUGUGACGGGAGUCUUAAUGGCGCUCUUUUUGAACAGGGCCGGUGUAGCAUGGGACAACCCGAAGAAGUACAUCGAAAGUGGAGCCUAUGGUGGCAAGGGCAGUGAAACACAUGAAGCAGCUGUGACGGGAGACACUGUGGGAGAUCCGUUCAAGGAUACUGCAGGGCCUUCAAUUCACGUGCUCAUCAAGAUGUUGGCAACUAUUAUAUUGGUCAUGGCACCUCUGUUUUUGAAGGUUGAACUGAACCAGCUAGGGAGGCUGCGUUUAGCAGGACUAUUGGUGUUCGCCCUAUAGCUAGAGCUGAUUGUUGCAUCUCUGUUCGUCCCUCCUAUACUCUGACAUUUGUUCUUGGAAAAAGUACAAGUGGCAGAGACUUAUAAGUUCCAGCAAAAACUGGGUGGACCUGCAAUUUGGAAGUUUAAGUUCAUGAGUUGUCUCCAAUAAGUGGCUGCGCCGCCGAAGCUUGAGAGUUUAGACUUGACUGUAGUUCUAUAGAUUGUUGGAGGACGUAGUCGAUUUUGACAUUCGAAACGUUUAAUUAACCCGGCUCGGGGCAGCUCACGUACUUGGAAGCCAUGUCGUACUGGAAUUCUUACGUUUGUGUCAAAUGACAACGGACAUCAGCCGAAAGGCAACAAACAAGGUUUUAGUGGAGGUUGAAGAGCUUGCUCCACAGCUACAGUAGUAGGAGAGCAGUUAGAUGUGUUGAAGACAAGACAAUCACACCCUUUGUAUCAUAUAUGCAGUCACUGCACGAUUGAAGAGAAUGCCAGCUAAUGGAUUCACAUGAAAUCAUGGAGUUCUCAGCUAGCAUAUU